UCUGUGUCUCUGUUUGGCGUUUGCUGAGGGAUUCUGCUGCACCCUCGGAGCCAGAGGCGACGCGAAAUGGGUUUCGUUUCUUGCCUUGGGAGGCUUCUCUUCUCCUCUGUUUUCAUCCUCUCGGCAUGGCAGAAUCCCAUCCACUGAACUGAUUUUAUAUGUCCGAUGUGGAGCCAACAUCAACUAUGGUAGUGCUUAUGCAUGACACUUGACAGCAACUUUUUACUGCUCAAGCAAAUGGAGGCUCAAGGACAUUGGUCUUGGGGGUUGACUGAAUUUGGGGUUAAUGGUGGAGCCCUUGCACAAGCUUUUGAACCCAAGUUGAACUUGCUUACGAGCUACUUUGCUACUAGUCUAGGGGUUGUGCCAGAAAUUCAAAUCAAGUAUCUAGUAGCUGCUUGCAUUGCUUUGAAGGGGGUUGGAGGCAUUCUCUUCAUUUUUGGGAGUUCUUUUGGAGCAUAUCUUCUGCUUCUUUAUUUAAUAUUUUCGAUGCCUAUUCUGCAUGACUUCUUCAAUUAUGAUUCGUCUGAUCCAGAAUUCGUUCCAAUCCUCAUGCAGUUUUUGCAGAAUCUGGCACUUUUUGGAGCACUAUUUUUCUUCUUAGGAAUGAAGAGUACACAUCCUAAGAAACAGAAGCAGCAUCACAAGAAGAAUGCUUCCAAGGCAAAGACAACAUAAGCAUGAACCUUUGUGUUAAUUUUUUCCCCUCUACAGCUACGACCGUAUGCUGUUAUCCAAGCCUACCGAUGUAUGACGUGUUUCCUUAGGCUACUUCAGGAUUUUGUGGGGAAAAAAAUCUAUCUUCUUGUUGAUUUAGUGACUUGUAAUGACAGGCAACUGCCAACUGCAUUUUUUCUUAUGAAUGGUCUCAGAAAUUGGAUUUCA